GUUCAGCGGAGACGGGAGCAAGAUGGCGAUUCCGGGAAGGCAGUGAGUGAUCCCGGAGUUAGGGUCAGGCUGGGGAACGAGAAACCGCAGCGACUGUGUCUUUGGCCGAGGAGUAAAAGUGCACUGGAAGGGAAGGGGCUGUGUCGUCAGGGCUAGAGACGGGGAAAAACAAGAAAUCCUGAGGAACAUGGAUUCCCCUCCCCCAUACAUUUUUCAGGUUGGAAGCCCGAAGUUUGAGGGAGAAACUUGUGAGGAAAUAAAGGAAGUUAGGCUGAGGGGCAGAGAGCGAGACUUUUCUAUUUUCCAAAAGCUCGGUCUGAGGCCCCUCAGUCUUGCUUCCUACCCCGCGCUUGAGUUUCUCCCCGGUUGGAUGCUCUCAGGAGCAAUGAGAAGAGAGACCAUUCCUGGCUUCCUUAGAGGGCCUUGUUCUCCUUGGCAGAAGCUCAAGUCCUGAUUGCCGCCCUCCCUUCUCGUUUUAGGAAUGUUGUGUUGAGAAGCCACAGACAAGGGUAGGCAUUUAGGGUAUUGGGGUAUACGUUGCCGCAAAAGAGACGAAUACUGUACCUACUUGGAGGUUUUAUUUUUGAUAUGUAGUCGUUUUUUUUUUUUGAUGCGGCUUCCCGUGAUGUCUUAAUCUUAAAAGACCAAAAUAGGAGAAACUAAAUGAGUUGGAUCUAGUGGGAAGAUUCUCUCAGAUGCUCCAAGACAAAGCAAGGGAGCUUUGAACUGUAAUGGGAACUUAUUCCAUGGCUACUUGUGUUUCUCAGUUAAUGUACUCUUUCUUAAAGUUUCCAUAUUUGUAAAAGAGUAUUACGAUGGGUUCCCCAGUUACUUCGUGUGAGUUACAUUAUCCAAUAACUUCUUUAAAAGUACCCAGUAGAAGAAAAGUCUAGCUAUUUUCUUGACUCUUGUUAGACUACAGGGAUAAUUUAGAACGUUUUUAUUUUUGGUGGUCAUGAAAUGAGCUUUCCACUAACGUAUCCUUUUUAAAACAUUACUAUGACUUCACUAUCUAAAACAUCUCUGAACUCUUCGGUUACUUUUCUUCUUUGAUAAAAAUGGUAUUUGAGCUAGGCUCAUGUCCACAAAUAAUCACAAAUAAUCACACAAAAGAGUAAUAAUUGUUAAAUCUUAUGGCUUACUAAAGUCUUGAGAUAAUUGAAAAUCAGAACGUCUGUGAUGUGUUCAUAGGAUAUAACAUUUUUUACUUGGUAGCAUCAUCUGAAGAGGUAGUGAAUGUAUUAUUUUUUAACAUUUAAAGAUAAUGGUGUAAUUUCUAUUUCAAAAAAAAAAAAAUACAGGUAUGGGCUUAUUUUGCCAAAGAAAACACAGCAGUUGAACCCUGUUUUGCAAAAACCGUCAGUGUUUGGGAAUGAUUCUGAUGAUGAUAAUGAGACCUCUGUGAGUGAAAGCCUUCAGAGGGAAGCUGCUAAGAAGCAAGCCAUGAAACAGACCAAACUGGAAAUCCAAAAGGCCCUUGCAGAAGAUGCUACCGUGUAUGAAUAUGACAGUAUUUAUGAUGAAAUGCAGAAAAAAAAGGAAGAAAGUAAUCCCAAAUUGCUUUUGGGGAAAGACCGAAAGCCCAAGUAUAUUCACAACUUACUAAAAGCAGUUGAGAUCAGGAAAAAGGAGCAGGAAAAAAGAAUGGAAAAGAAAAUUCAAAGAGAACGAGAAAUGGAAAAGGGAGAAUUUGAUGAUAAAGAGGCAUUUGUGACAUCUGCUUAUAAGAAAAAACUGCAGGAGAGAGCUGAAGAGGAAGAAAGAGAAAAGAGGGCUGCUGCACUAGAAGCACGUUUGGAUGUAACCAAACAGAAAGAUCUCAGUGGCUUUUAUAGGCACCUAUUAAAUCAAACAGUUGGUGAAGAGGAAGUACCUAAAUGCAGCUUUCGUGAAGCCAGGUCUGGUAUAAAGGAAGAGAAAUCAAGAGGUUACUCCGAUGAAGUAAGUUUAGAGAACAGAAUACCACAUGAGAAAUGCAUUCUCCAGACUGGUAUGAAGGCAGAGGAAAACCCAGAUGCAGACAGUGAGUUUGAUGCUAAGACUAGUGAGGAUGAUGAAAUUGAAGAAAACAAUAAAGUGAACUGCAGAAGGGAAAAAGGCACAAAAUUCUCUGAGAAUGAUCCCAAGCAUCACAGGAAUCAAACCCAUUCACGGUCAUCUAGUGAAGAAAGAGGACACAGUGCCAAACGCCACACAAAAAGUUCCAAGUCAAGAGGACAUGAGAAAAGGGAAGAUGAGCAUCAAGAAAGACAGUCCAGGGACCAGGAGAACUGCCACACUGACCGUGAUUAUCGAAAAGAAAGGAAGGAUUCCCAUAGGCACAGAGAGGCCAGUCAUAGAGAUUCCCACUGGAAGAGGCAUGAAAAGGAAGAUAAACGAAGGGGAAGAGACCACAGGGGAAGAGAAGGAAAUGACAGAGAAUGGAAAAGAGAGAAAGACAGGGAGAAAUACAUCCCAAGAGAACAAGAAAGAGAUAGACAAUUAAAUGAAUGUGACCGACACAGUGAGAAAGGAGGAGAGAAGGAAAAGCAAAGCAAAGCAAAGGAAGAGCAUAUGAAAGGAAGGAAGGAAAAAUAUGAGAACAAUGAUAAGUAUAGAGAUAGGGAAAAACAAGAAGGAAGUGUUCAAUCUUCAGAAAUAAAUCGAGACAGAAAGGAAAGUAGCCCAAGUUUUAGAGCAAAAGAUAGGUUGCUUGACCAGGAAAAAUCCAACAAAAUGAAAAACAUGGAAAAGGAGAAAGAAAGGAACCAAGAGAAACCCUCUAGUUCUGAAACAUCACUGGGAGCAAAACACAGAAUCACAGAGGAAAGGCAAGAGAAGAGCAAAGAACAUGAGAGACCACCUGAGGCUGUGAACAAAUUUGCAAAGCGAAACAAUGAAGACACUGUAAUGUCAGCUAGAGACAGGUACUUGGCCAGGCAAAUGGCGCGGGUUAGUGCAAAGACCUAUAUUGAGAAAGAAGAUGAUUGAUGGUUGCUGCAGUAGAAAGAUCUGUGGAAGCACAGAAAAUUAAGCUGGAGUUUGUGUGAAAGCAAAAAGGAGUGUGUUAACAGUGGUUUGGGAGGGUAUUUUUAAAUAUAUUAUCAAAAUUCACUUUUGGUGUAGAUUUCAAUCAAAAGUCAGUCCUUUUACCUUGAAUAUUUGACUGAAUUUAUGUAAUAUUUACUUAGAAUACACCACGUUCUUGGUUGUAUCCAAGCAACUGUAAUAGUGUGCUAAGUCCCUAUAGGUGCUUAAUGAAGAAUGAAUAAUGUUGCUAGGGACAUUCUUGUACUUGUCUUUUGCUGCAUACAUAUAUAUUUUUUUGUUGGGUAAUUCCUAGGAAUGGAAUUGCUGAUUCAUAGGAUACGCUUUCGUAGAUAUCUACUAGUCAGUUUUCCAAAAUAGUUGUAUCAAAUACACUCCCUCCAUCAGUGUAUGAGAAUUCCAGUUGCUCCAUGUUCUUGCUUACACUUGGUAUUUGUUAGUUUUUUGAUUUUAGCCAUUCUGGUGGGUAUGGUGGUAUCUCGUGGUUUUAUUUUGCGGUUCUCUGAUGGCGCUAUCAUAUACUGAGUAGCAUUUAGGUAUCGCCUUUUUGAAGAGUCUUUCAGUCUCCCCAUUUUUUUCCUCAGUGACCUGGAGGGGUUCUAUUUAUGUUCUGGAUAUGAGUUCUUUGUCUUUGCAAGUAUCCUUUCCCACUCUAUGGCUUUUUUUUUUCACUCUCUUAAUGGUGUCUUUUAAUGAACAGAAAUCAGUUAGGUUUUAUAAAGUUUAACUGAAUUAAAAUUACACAAAAUUUAAAAUUCACAUCCUCAGUCUCACUAGACAUAUUUCAAGUGUUCAGUAGCUACAUGUAGCUAGUGGCUACCGUAUGAGAAGUGCAGAAUUAUAGAACAUUUCCAUCAUCACAGAAAGGUCUACUGGACAGCCUUUCUAGAACCAUUGUCUGCUUUUCACAUUAGCUCUACCAUACACCUGGAAUCAGCUUUUGUGUGUGGUGUAGGACAGGGAUUAAGAUUCUUUUUUUUUUUUUUCAUAUGAAUAUCAAAGACACUUGGUAUGGAUGAAAAUCUGUUCAAAUUAAAACCACAAUUACACACCCAUUAGGUUGGCAAAAAAUGUUAGUUGUAGAAUACCAAGCAUUGAUGAAUUAUAGAGCAACAGGAAUUUAUAUAUGCUACUUGUGGUAGAUUAACUGGUACGGCCUCUUUGGAAAACUGAUUGGCUUUACCACAUGAUGGUGAAGCUGCAUAUUUCUUAUAACUUAAGUGUUUUUCCACAGAUGCACCAGGAAUGUUCAUAAUAGUGUUUUUCAUCAAACUGGAAACAUCUUACAUGUCCAUCGGUAGUAAAGAAUCUGAUAUAUAUAUAAUACAGCAAUGAAGUGAACGCACUAUAGCUACAUACAACAGCUUGAAUGAGUUUUGUGAGGAACAGAAAGUAAUAACAUUUAUAUAAAGUUCAAACACAGGAAAAAGUGAACUGUCUUGUAUAGAGAUAAUGGAUAGGUGGUGAAACUAAAGGGAGUGAUUAUUACGAAAGUCAGGAUAACAUUUGUGAUGUGGAAGAGGCACACAGGCCUUCUAGAUCUGGCAACAUUCUGUUUCUUAACAUCAAUGAUGAUGACUCAGUUGUGAACUGUAUUUUUUGAACUGUAAAUAUGUUUUGUAUAUUCUGUUUGCAUAAUAUGUCUCAAAAUGAGCAUUUUUGUAAUCUUAACAUUUUUAGUAUAUGAAUAGAAGGAACUGUUUGCCAUCCUGGUUAGACAUUUCUACAGAAAGCAGCUACAUAGACUUGAUUUGUUGAGUGACUUAUGCAUAGGGCAGCAGUUCUUUGAUAGUGUAUUAUCUGGACCAGUGUGAAUAAGGGGUUCAUUAAAUUUGUUGCUAAAUAUCAUAUGUUCUUUUAAACAUGAAGUCCAAAAUAGUAUACUUAGAAAUUUUGUGAAUUGAUAAAUAUCUGUUUCUCUGACUCAAUUUUCAAUAAAAUACGAAUGACUCGAAAUAUCUUAAUUUUGCUUUUCCCUCCAAUUUUUCGCCCUUACUCAAAUCAAAUACAUAUGCUAUCUCGUGCUGAUCGUGCCUUCUCACAUACUGAUUGCUUUGCCUGAAGUGCCACGUUCCUGCCUCACUCCUUAUCCUUAUAACUGAGCUUUGGUGUCAUUGUCUCUAGAAAGCCUCUCCUAAUACCCCUCUUUGUUUUAGCAACACCUCUGUGCUUCCUUUGUAUCCUGUGCUUAAUACUAUCAUGGCAUCCUGGUAGUAUGUCAGUUAUUAGAGGGCAAGAAUCCAAUCUUAAUUCACCUUUGAAUCCCCAGUGCCUCCUAUAGUGCUGGCAUGAAUGGACGUUUAGAGAAGUUUUUAUUUAAACUUUGUUAUUGUAUUGUGGUCAUGUAGGAGAAUGUAGGAAAUGUAUCCUUUUUUUCAUUUUUGUAUUGUGUGUUUUUGUAUUUUGUGUCUAUAAGGUAUAAUCCAUUUUUGAUUCAAAGUCCAUUAAUUCAGAUGUCAACAUUAACUAUCUCUUUCAUUUCGCCUAUUGCAUUUUUUAAUUUAUAAAAACUAUGUAAAAAAAAUGAAUACUGGUCAUUGUUUUGAGAUUUUCAGAAUUAUUAUUUGGUGAUGUCCAAAACUGAAGCAGAGACCCCAAGGAGAAUCCUAUAAUUGAAAUAUUACACUUAAUAUUGGAGUUCCCCAACUCAAAACAUUGGCAAUAUUAGCAUUUAUUUUAAAUAGUAACAAAGUAUGUGGAAAAGCAGCACCACCUAAGGUGACCGCUAAACCUUGGUAACAACAUAGUCUGAUGAAACAGGUAUCUCUAAGAAAGCUUAAGAUCAGAUUUGUGGCACAGCAAGUAGCUCAUGUGGAGGUCACUCUGGUGUGACAUUUGAGCCUCGUUUUUGGUCCCGCUCUUUUCUUAGGUCUUGUCUCCACGUUUUGCUUAUGUUAUUCUUUUUGGGAGGGAAUGCAGUUUUACUCCAAAACUCGUAGGUUUGGCAGGAGUUGGAAUUAACUGUAGGCAACUUUUUUUUUUUUUAAAUCUUAACACCUUUCUCUAGGGACCCAAUCAAUACCUUUCUUAAACAAUCUGUAUAGUACAAGGAUUGGAUUUAGUGUGGUGAUGCUACCUGGAGCAUCUUCGUUAACCAGUC